AUGUUUGCGGCGCGGCCAACAAUGGAGGGCCGCGCGGCGACGCUCGUCCUGCUUAGCGCAUAUCGUUUCAAAGUAGCCAAUAGCCUUAAGUUAUAUCCACCACCACCACCAGUUAUAUCCACCACGUUGUGGAUGGGUUAUUCCGGCAGCAUUAAGACUCUUAGCUCCAUUUUUCAACGGUUCGACUUUGUGUUUAGCAAGCCUCUAUCCCCUCUGCAAUGCAACCGACCGCCCCCUUCCUCCGCGCCUGCCACACCUGCUCCAGCUGCUGCAACUUUAAUCCCCAAUCCGCCACCGCACGACCGCACACCGACGCUUAUUUUCAAUUAA